CACAGUCUGUGCUUAUCACUCUGACCCCACAAGCCCUGGGCUAGAAAGAGAGCAACUUUACUGGGAGCUGAGCCAGCUGACACAAGGCGUCACCAAGUUGGGUCCCUACACCCUGGACCAGGACAGUCUGUAUAUCAAUGGUUACACCCACCAGAUCUCAGAAACCACCCUCAGUGCCACAAGACCACCCCUGUUGCCUUUUACCCUCAACUUCACCAUCACUAACCUGCACUACAUGGAAGAUAUGUGGCCUCCAGGCUCUUUGAAAUUUAACACCACUGAGAAGUUCCUGCAGCACCUGCUCAGGCCCUUGUUCAGGAAUACCAGUGUGGGUGCUCUCUACUCAGACUGCAGACUGACCUUCCUCAGGCCCAAGAAGGAUGGGACAGCCACUGGAGUGGACUUUGUCUGCACAUACCAACUUGACCCUGUGGGCCCAGGGCUGGACAGGAAGUGGCUAUACUGGGAGCUGAGCCAGCUGACCCAUGGUGUCACCCAGCUGGGCCCCUACACCCUGGAUCAGGACAGUUUCUACAUCAAUGAUUACACCCAGCUGGCCUCAGUCACCUCCCCCAACAUUCCUGUGACCUCCACAUACUUCCCUUCUCUGGCUCCAUCCCUCUCUACCAGGCCCACAGCAGCUGCUGACCUCACUCUGGAGUCCUUCACCCUAAACUUCACUAUCACGAACAUGCACUACACAGAGGACAUGGGGUAUCCAGCUUCCUUGAAGUUCAACUCCACUGAGAAGAUCUUACAGCACUGGGUGAGAACCCCUUGA